UAGAUGCCCUUUUGAAUAUUUUUCUGAAAUCAUCAGCAGAAAACUUAAUAAGGUUCAACCUCAUGUACUACUACAUGUGAAAUAAGCCUUUACUUCAAGUACCAAUACUUGAAUAAACUAACGUUUGUUUCAAUGGUGUUUGAAAGUUUCAACUACAGUAAAGGAAUAGGUUGUUCAAGGAACAAUGAUGCAGAACUACUCAUAAACUGCUCAAAUCUACGGAAGGAACAAUUGGGGAUCUUUUUCAACAGCGACUGUAAAGAAAGAAAUGCAGAUUGCUCCGACUGGAAUAAUUUUUGUGUCUGUCAUUGUUAUCCGGGAUAUUUCAUGUACUAUGGACAUUGUAUUAAAGGCAAUCUUGUAGUUGGUGAUUUAUGCGAAUCUAGUUUGCAAUGUACUGGAAGUGAACACUCUGAAUUAUGUCGUGAUGGUGUGUGUAUUUGUCAAAAAGAAUAUCUUAAACACAACAACAGCUGUUAUCUAAAUAAUGUCCUGGAAGCUGGAAGAUGUGUUUUGGAUACCCAAUGCAGAGAAACUGAAAACAAUCAAUCAAAUCACCGAUGUGUGAAUGGGAGGUGUGUUUGUGAAGAAGGUUAUGCUAUGAUCAACCAUACUUGUCAUGAAGCUAAUCUUUCUUUGAAUAAGUCGUGCAUUUUCAAUGACCAAUGUUCAGGAUCACCGUACGCCAGUUGUUUCGGAGAAAAAUGUUCUUGUAUCGAAGGAUAUCAAGCUGUAAAUUCCACAGACUGUGUGUUGAGUAUGCAUGGCUUGAACGAAGCAAUCCUAAAGACAGAAAGUCACGAAUCACCAAGAGACAACAUCAGAGCUAUUUUAGGAGCAUUGUUAGGUGGACUACUCUUCGGUAUAAUCAUAACAACAGGCACUGUGUACGCCCUGUACAGGAGAUCCCGCUACAGCAUUCAUACACGUAGAAGAAAGGAACCAGGAGUGAUGUAUGCUGCCAAUGAUACAUUUGAUGAUGGCAGAGAUGAAGACACUUUUCAGAAUAAUGUUGUUGCAAAUAAGAGUAAGGACAAGCAGAAGAAAGUUCUCAACGUGUCUCCUCUUACUCGCCCACAAGAAUUGCCAGAAUACAGCAACAUGUCAGAAAAAGAAUCUGCAAUGACUACCAUGGAUGACGUGUACAACCAUCUAAAGGAGAAAGGCGAAACUCAGGACGAGGACACCUACGACCACGCUUGCGCAGCGGCUAAACGGAGUUACCUCAAAGAUCUGGACGAUUAUAGUAACAUACAUAAUAUGGAUGAUGGAACUACAAUGUCGGGUGGAACAGAGAAUGAUGAUUAUUCUACCUUAGAACACAAUUAGAUGUUUUACAACGAUGCUUCGUUUUUAAAUCAAACAUACCAAGGAGAUAUAAAGCAGUUUUUUUAUUUACCAAUAUUUUUACUCUUUCGUUUGCCUUUUGCAUGCCCUUAUUAGCUGUUUAGUAUUUAAAUUGCUCUAUCUUUUUGAUACUGUAUGAAGUUAUGUACUUUUUUUAACCGGGUGUAAGGUGCGUAAAUACAUCAAUUACACAAUUCAAUGACGAUUAUCAAAAAACCAAUGGUAAUCAUUUUUCUGGCAGUUUUUUUUAUUUUUUGGUUUUGGCUGUCAUUUAAGUAUAUGAUGGAUACGGAUAAUGCAUAUUUAAAAUGUACUGUGUUUUUUUUGUGUGUGUGUGAACAAUGACCGCUAUUCUUAAAACAAUUAUUAUGUCUCCCCUUUCAAAGGGGAUUUAUUUUCUUUCUUUAUUUGCAAAAAUAAUUAUUUGAUAAUAACUAUUAUUUCUAAAUAAUCAGUGUAUAUGACAUUGUUUUGUUUAUAAUUUGAAUUCAUUACAUUUGUUAAUAACCUUCAUUUUUUUCUCGAACUGCAUGACUCAUUUAGAACAGGUAAGAAUGAAUGCAAUUAAAGACCACAAAUAUGGCUUAAUUAGGUUUUUUUCUAACUAAAAUAUUCAAUCUCAAAACAGUUUUCAAAGAAUUUAAUUUCAAAUAUAUGUUAUCGGGUAUUAUAGUUUAAAAACUACAUGAUUAAAAGAGAGAAAACCUGAUAUGUUAUUAAUAACCUAAAUUAAAAUAAAAUUGUGAUAAUCAGAAUCAGAACUAAGUAGAUACUCACUCUUCGAAUACUGA